AUGCAGACUGCUUCUACAAACAUUUGUGAAAGGCUGUGCAAUAAGUCCAUCCGUGACAUUUUCUUGCUACUAAAUAUUCCACGGUCCACUGUUAGUGGGAUUAUAACAAAGUGGAAGCAACUGGGAACAACUGCAACUCAGCCAUGAAGUAGUAGGACACGUAAAAUGACAGAUCGGGGUCAGCACAUGCUGAAGCGCACAGUGCGCAGAAGUCGCCAACUGUCUGCAGAAUCAAUAGCUAAAGACCUCCAGACUUCAUGUGGCCUUCAGAUUAGCACAACAACAGUGAUUAGAGAGCUUCAUGGAAUGGGUUUCCAUGGCCGAGUAGCUGCAUCCAAGCCUUACAUCACCAAGUGCAAUGCAAAGCGUCGGAUGCAGUGGUGUAAAGCACGCCAGCACUGGACUCUA